AACAACCUUGACUUAAGAUUAGAAAUUCGCUGCGUUGUUACUAUUUAAUAAAUUGAGCAAAUAAUUGCAGUUCUUAAUAAUAAGUUGAGUCAUCGAGUAUUAGUAAGUAUGCGCGGUGGGUUGCUGGUUGCUUGCCUUAUCCAUUCAAGCCUUCACCACACCGACACAACACACACACAGCUGAGCGCAAGCCAGUUUGACAGUUCUCGCCACACUCAGUUCGCCGGUGCACGGCGUCGCGGCACGAUCGUCUGCCAUUUUGUAUUUACAAAAUUCGGAGUUAAAUGAACCGUGUUUCCACUGCUUCUCUAUUUAACCAGAUGCAAGAAGCCAUGUGAAACCCGACGUGAAUCAUAGACAUACGAAAACGAACCGACAUUCGAUUUAAACGUAACCAAGCAUUCCAAAUUAACCAUAAAGUUGCCAUAUUAACAAACUUUUAAUCAAUAAGUAACACAGUGACAGAUAAAUGAAGUGAAAAAAUCGUGUCAAGAUCAAAAAGUGUGUGUCAAGGGAUCUGUGCAACUUUCCUUUUGUGGAGUCGAUGCCGUGAUACUCUGGUGAAUCAUUGCCAACCUUGGUCGCGAACGGGUUGCAGGAUUUUGGCGGAUCCUGCCUCAUCGUUUCAGUGGAAAAAACGAAAGUGUAUAGUGUUUAAAGUGACCGGCAUGCGACUGUUAAUCUAACAUGUCGACGCAAGCGUACUACAAGGAGCGACUCGGGUUCGACCCGCAGGAGGUGGACGGAGUGAACGGGAACGGGUUCUACGAGGGCCCACACCAGCCGAAGCGGCACCGCGGCGACAGGCGACACGGCAACGACUCGCACGACCAGGUGUACGAGGAGAACUUGACCAAGUUCAAAGGUACCACAUGUUGGGGGUUCUUUAUACAGCAGGCAGACGAGCGAGAUGCCAUACAGAAGAAGACGUUCACAAAAUGGGUCAACAAACACCUUAAAAAGGUGAACCGGCACGUGAACGACCUCUUCGAGGACCUGCGCGAUGGACUCAACCUCAUCUCGCUGCUGGAGGUGCUUUCUGGCGAACACCUCCCGCGCGAGCGAGGCCGCAUGCGGUUCCACAUGCUCCAGAACGUGCAGAUGGCGCUCGACUUCCUGCGCUACAAGAAGAUCAAGCUGGUCAACAUCCGCGCCGAGGACAUCGUCGACGGCAACCCCAAGCUCACGCUCGGCCUCAUCUGGACCAUCAUCCUGCACUUCCAGAUCUCUGACAUCGUGGUGGGCCAAGAAGCAAACGUGACAGCCCGCGAGGCGCUGCUGAGCUGGGCGCGGCGCUCCACGGCCAAGUACCCCGGCGUGCGGGUCACGGACUUCACGUCGUCCUGGCGGGACGGACUCGCCUUCAACGCGCUCAUACACAGGAACCGGCCUGAUCUGAUAGACUGGCGUAAUAUCAGGUCAAGGCAGGUCCGCGAGCGAUUGGAGAUGGCGUUCCACGUGGUCGAGAAGGAGUAUGGAGUGACCAGGCUACUCGACCCCGAAGAUGUGGACACCCACGAGCCGGACGAGAAGUCCCUCAUCACGUACAUCUCGUCGCUGUACGAGACGUUCCCCGAGCCGGCGGCCGUGCACCCGCUGUUCGACGCGGAGUCGCAGCGCCGCGCCGCCUCCUACACCGAGCAGGCGGCCUCGCACCGCGCCUGGCUGCACGAGAACAUUGCGUUACUACAGGACCGUGCUUUCCCGUCAACUUUGAUCGAGAUGAAGAAGCUGCUCAGCGAGAGCACGCGGUUCCGAAGCGAAGAGGUGCCCAUCAGGCAGCGGGAGAAGCAGAAGUUGUUCCACCAGUAUAGGGAGUUAGAGAAAUACUUCGAGUCGGUGGGAGAGUGCGACAUAGAGCCGACGCUCCGGCCGGAGGCGCUGGAGCAGGCUUGGGCGCGGCUGCUGAUGGCGCAGCAGGAGCGCGAGCGAGACCUCGCCGACGAGAUCCGCCGCCUGGAGCGCCUGCAGCGCCGGGCGGAGAAGCUGCACAGAGACAUAAAACAAACAGAAGCCGGCCUCGACAGCGUGGAGCGUCACAUCGAGAGUGAGAUCCGGCGCGUGGAGCGCGGCGUGCACCCCGCCGAGGCCAAGAUGGCGGCCGAGCAGAUCGAACAAGAACUCAGGACCAUGGAAAACACCAUCCAUGAGAUGUUCCAGGACGCGCAGGCGCUCAAGGAGGGCCGGUACCCGCAGGCCUCGGAUCUGCAGCGACGCGUCCAACAAAUCCACGACCGCUGGCUGAGCGCGCGGCAGGCGUUCACCGGGCGGCUGCUGCCGCGCCUGUCGUCCGUGCGCCUGCCCGUGCAGCACACCACCGUGCGCCGCGAGACGCGCACCGUGCUGGAGACGCGCGUGCACGACGCCGACCCGCUGUUCCAGCACCUGCAGGACGCCACCAAGUGGUGCAAGGAACGCCUGAAGAAACUCCACGAAGCAGAGUACGGGUCGGACCUGCCCGGCGUGCAGCACGAGCUCGACAAGCACCAGCGCGAGCACAAGACCAUCGACCAGUUCCAUUCCAAGGUGGAGCAGUGCGUGCACAACCGCGCCAAGUUCUCCGGCGAGGAGCUGACGCUCUACAACCAGCACCUCAACCAGCUGCAGAAGCUCUACGCUGAGCUGCUCUCUACCAGCACCAAACGUAUGUCUGACCUGGACGCGCUGCAGGAGUUCCUGCAGAGCGCCACGGCCGAGCUGAACUGGCUCAACGAGAAGGAGCAGGUUGAGCUGUCGCGCGACUGGGCCGACCCGCACAUCAACCUGCCCGCCGUGCAGCACUACUAUGAGCAACUGAUGUCAUCGCUGGAGAAGAGAGAGCUCCAGUUCAGCAACGUGAUCGACCGCGGGGAGGCGUUGAUCGCUCAACACCACCCGGCGAUGAAAACGAUCGAAGCGCACUUGCAGGUGAUGCAGUCGCAAUGGGCGUGGGUGUUACAGCUGACGCUGUGUCUCGAGACCCACUUGAAGCACACCACGCAAUACCACAACUUCUUCGAGGAGGUCAAGGAGGCCGAGAAAUGGAUACAGAAACGCGAAGAAGCUCUAAACUCGACAUUCUCGCAAUCGGAGUUCACCCUCGACCAGGGCGAGCGUUUACUUAAGGGCAUGCAGGAGCUCCGCGAGGAGCUGAACUCCCACGGCGGCGUCGUGUCGCGGCUGGUCGAAGAGGCCCAGGCCGUGAGGCCGGUCAAACAGCGGCGGGCGCCUAUCACCAGGCCGCUCAGGGCCGAGACUGUGUGCGCUUACAAACAUGCCAACAUCGCGAUCGAGAAGGGCUCGGCCGUGACGGUGGUGGACAACUCGGGGCGGUCGCGCUGGCUGGUGCGGCUGGGCGGCGCGGGCACAGAGGUGCAGCUGCCAGGCGCCGUGGUGGCGCUGCCGCCGCCCUGCGCGCUCGCCACCGAGGCUGCGCAGCGGCUCAGGAACGCAUACGACAGAGUGAUCCAGCUGUGGCAGCGCAAGCAACUGCGCAUGCGGCAGAACAUGAUCUUCGCCACCAUCAAGGUGGUCAAGGGCUGGGACUUCCCGCAGUUCGUGGCCAUGGGCGCGGAGCAGCGGCAGGCGAUCCGUCGCGCGCUGAACGAGGACGCGGAGAAGCUGCUGGGCGAGGGCGACCCCGCCGACCCGCAGCUGCGCCGCCUGCGCCGAGAAAUCGACGACGUCAACCGCCUGUUCGACGAGUUCGAGCGCCGCGCCAGGGCUGAAGAGGAGAGCAAGAAUGCCGCGCGCAUCUUCACCGAACAAUCGUCCUCCCUGCUGGAGCGGCUGGAGGUGCUGGAGCGGCAGCUGCACGAGCGCAUCGCGAGCCACAUCCCGCGCGACCUGGACUCGCUCGAGCACCUCGUGCUACAGCACAAGGACUGGGAGAGCUCCGUGCUCGCGCUCACCAGCCACGUCGAGGAGGUGCAGGCCACCUUCAGAGGCAUUGCCCUAAAGACACCGGCCAUGAAAAAGAACCUCGACAAGGUGAUGGGCAAGUGGAACGACAUGCAGUCCAAGAGCCAACUGUUCGUCGAAAGGUUGAAGUACGUAGAGAUCGUGGUAAACAGCAUGGAAGAGAACCACCAGAGCAUCACCGAAUUCGAAAUCAAGCUCGCGCAGUUCAACGACCUACCCAACGACAUCGAACUGCUGAAGGAUAUGCACGAAGACCUGCUCCGCAUGCAAGUGGCAGUUAGCAAGCAGCAGAUCCAGGUGGAACAGAUGAACGAUGACGCGGAGAACUGCCGCCGGCUGGUGGAGAGCUCGCGCGCCGCGCUGCCGCACGCGUCGCUGCCGCGCGCCGGCAAGCACAUAGACCUGGAGCGGCUGGACAAGGAGAUCGGCCAGCUCAACACCAGGUGGAACAACGUGUGCCAGCAGCUGGCUGAACGCCUUCGAAGCUGCGAGGCCGCGUACCAACUCCUGCGCAACUACAACGCCGGGCUCGAUAAAGAAGCCGAAUGGAUCGACGACUCGUUCGGCAAGCUACAAGCGCAGCCGCCCAUCGAGGUGCGCCCCAAGGAACAGUUCGAGCCCACCAGGAAUCUACUGACCAGUGUUGUGGAGCGAACGCCAAAGAUAGAGAAGGUUAACGUUGACGGUGGCAGAUUCAUAAGAGAGGCGAAGAUCCACUCAUCGAGAUGCCAGCGUUACGCGGAAUGGCUCUGCGACGAGGUGCACCCCUCGCUGGACAUGAAACAAGUGAAGCGGCAGGCCGAGCUCGAGCAGGCCUCGCGCCACCGCAGCAGGAGCAAGCCCGUGCCCGAGCAGAGCGGCGCGGAGAACGUGGCCAGAGAACUGGACGACCUGAACGCGAAACACCAAAGACUGUUGGACAUGCUAUAUGAGAGAUUGAGGAGGAUCGCCGCCGCCAACCCUGGAGACAUUGUCACAUUGCGUCUCGUGGAGGCGAUGGCGCCGCGCUCCGCGCGCUCCUUCCGCCAGGAGUUCAAUAUGCAGGACCUGGCCACCUCCACCGAGCAUACCUACACCUCCACAUACACCUCCGAACAAUACGUCAGGACGUCGCAUUCGACAGAGCUAGACGGGCACACGCCCAUAUCUAACGGCAAACUAGUCUCGCCCAACUACACGACCAAAACUAUCAUCGACGACGACAGACCUGAUGUAAGGAAUCUCAAACGAGUACACAAAAUGUACGAAGGACCUAACAUAAUAGAGUCCAGAGGUAUCGUCCACCCAGAGACGAAGGAAAUACUCACAGUCGGACAAGCUAUAAACAUGAGAAUACUCGAUGUUCGGACGGGCAGAUUACUAUCAUCGCCCGAAACGAGACAAACUAUGACAAUAGAGCAAGCAGCCAAGCAGGGGCUCAUAGAUCCUAAACUUGCUGCGAGAUUAACGGGACCUUGUGGAGUAACAGAAGACGGAAACGAAGUUACCUUACUGGAAGCUAUCCAGAGCGAACUGUACGACGCCGAACAGGGACUGGCGGACCCAGCGGAAAAGAGAAUAAAGCAAGCAGUAGAGGAGAAGUACAGACUUUGCGACGAGACGCUGUCGAAGCUGUUGGAAUGGAUCGCGGUGGUGGAGGAGCGGCUCGCCAACCAGGAGGCCGUCAAGGAGGACCUGGACGAGCUGCGCAACCAGAUCAAUAUUCUCAAGCUGAUCAAGGAUGACCUGGAGAGCCACCAGCGCCAAGUGUCGGCGUGCGCGGACCAGGCCAAGCAACUGCUCGUGUCCGGGGGAGACGUGCUGGCACCGCAUGAGGUGGCAGCACUGGAGCGCGGCGUGCGCCAGCUUAAGCAGCGGUGCGACAAGUGCUCCGACAAGUGCGACAAGAUGCUGCGGCGACUCGCCGCGGCACGAGACGAGCUCGGCAAAUUCAAUAACGAGCUGAACACCUUCAACACUUGGAUGGAGGGCGCGUACCGCACGCUGGAGGAGAAGGAGGCGGCGAUAUCCAAGCUGAAGAACCUGCCCGGGCAGAGCGAGGACGUGCGCGAGUUCGUGUCCGACGUGAUCGCGCACCAGGCCGACCUGCGCUUCAUCACCAUGGCCGCGCAGAAGUUCGUCGACGAGAGCAAGGAAUUCCUUACAAUCCUGAACGACUAUCGCACAUCGCUGCCCUCCCGCCUGUCGCACAUCCACCCGUCGGGCGACAGCGCUCUACGUGAGGCCGCCUCGCUCGCAAGAAGAAGACACUCGGAGCUGGCGGCGCGCGCGCAGCGCCUGCAGGAGAGGCUGAGAGGUGCCGCUGACGUCACCAAGCAGUACCACGACGCGCUGGACCGCGCGCAGCGGUGGAUGAAGGAGGUUGAGCCUCAGGCGCGCUCUGUGCUGUCGGAGCCGGUCGGCGGCGAGCCGCGCGCCGUGGAGACGCAGCUCGCACGCGCCAAGGCGCUGCACUCUGAGAUCUUAUCGCAAGGCCGCCUCGUCGACAAUGCUAAAGACGCAUGUGACCAGCUAGUAAAAUCCCUGGAAGGCAACCUGACGCCAUCCGAGAUCCGGCAGCUUGAAGUCCCGGUGCUGGACCUGACGGCGCGCUACGCGGAGCUGACGGGCGCCGUCGGCUCGAGGUGUCAGGAGCUGGAGGCGGCGCUGCUGCAGUGCCAGGGCCUGCAGGACGCGGCCGAGACGCAGGCGCAGUGGCUGCAGCAGGCCGAGACCCUGUUCAAGACGCAAUCAAAGCCAGCGUCCCUCAUCCGCGAGCGUCUCGACGAGCAGGUCCGCGAGCAGCGCAUCGCGCACUCGUCGCUGGAGGCGCGGCGCGCCACGCUGGGCAAGCUGCUGGGCCAGGUGCGCGACGCGGCCGCCAACCCGAGCAACGCCAGGAUCGCCAAGAAGCUGGAGCAGAGGGCGGAGGAUAUCUACAACAGAUACGAGAAACUACUCGAGCGCUCUACAAAACGCAACGAGUUCCUGGAGAGCGUGUGGAGCGAGCUGUCUCACUUCACGCAGCUGGCCGGCAAGCUGGACGCGGCGCACGCGCAGCUGCUCGAGCAGGCCGACUCCAGGGAGCUGUCGAGGAUGAAUGCCGAUGAACUACGUUCUAGGCUGAGCGAUCUGGCGCACUUCAGAGACGUACAAAUGCCGCUGCUGGACGAGUGCCUGCAGCAAGGCAAACAGCUCAUCUCCAAGAAGGACGUCACCGACACGCACGUCGUCCGUGACAGGAUGAAGCUCCUGGAGAACGCGUGGCGCGACUUCAACACGUCGCUGGAAGAGAAACAGAAGCUGUCCAAGCAGCGCGCCGACCAGCUCAGCCAGUACGAGACCCUCCGCGCUCAGGUGUUGGAGUGGCUCCAGUCGUUCGAGAACAGAGUCGGGCGGCUGCAGCCCGUGGCGCUCGACCAGGAAGUGCUGAAACAGCAGGCCGACGAGCUGCGACCGCUGGCUAAGGAGUACCGCGACUACUCCAUUACUAUCGACAAGGUGAACGAGGCGGGAGCAGUGUAUGAAGCCCUGACACGUGGCGACCGCGUGGACAGCCCGCACCGCAAGAGGCAGCUCUACAGCCCCACCAAGCGACAGACGCCAGUACGUACACUGGACGGUCGCUCGCCAUCUCCAACUAAGGGCCACGGCUUGGUGAGCCCGGGCUCCACGCACUCCACGUCCAGCGGCUUCUCGUCUCGCCGCUCGUCCAGCGACCAACUACAUCUUGAAGAACUGUCGCCGGUACAACAGCAGCUGUCAGAGAUCAACAACCGCUACAGCCUGCUCGGAACUAAGCUGGCGGACCGCCAGGGCGAACUCGACGCAGUACGAGAGGAGUUGAGACGCCACGAGGACAUCAUCCGCAAUACGCAUCACUUCCUGGACAAGGUGCAGAGGCAACUGCCAAAGGAUUGCGUCCCCAACACGAAGGAGGAAGCCGACAAGACCAUCAAACAAGCCCGCGCCGUGCUCGAAGAGAUGUACGAGAAACAGAGCUCGCUGGAUUCCGCUAAGACUCAGGUCCGCGAGCUGCUGAAGCGGAAGCAAGGCGUGGUGGGCGCCGACCGGCUGCACGACGCCAUGGAGGACGUCGUGUCGCGCUGGAAGAGCCUGCACGACGCCUGCAAGGACAAGAUCCGCCUGAUGGAGGAGGUGAAGGACUUCCAAGACACGCACAGCAACCUGUCGUCGUGGCUGCUGUCCAAGGACCGCAUGAUGACUGCUCUCGGACCCAUCUCCUCAGACUCGCGCAUGGUGCAAACGCAAGUGCAGCAGGUGCAAGUCCUCCGCGAAGAGUUCCGCACGCAGCAGCCGCAGCUGUCCCACCUGGAGCAGGUGGCGGCCGGCGUGCUGGAGCGCCUGGAGCCGCGCUCGCCCGACGCCGACAAGCUGCGCACCAAGCUCAAGGACCUGCAGGACCGCUGGAACGAUCUGCUCAACAAACUGGAGCAGCGUGCGUCAAGCUUGGGCGCGGCAGCGGACACGUCGCGCGAGUUCGACGCCGGGCUGGCGCGCCUGCGCGACGCGCUGCAGACCAUCGGCGACAAGCUCGACGACCUCGCCAUGGAGAAGGAGCCCGAGGAACAGCUUAGGAAGAUCGAGAACCUCGAGCGGCAACUGGAGGGGCAACGGCCGCUGCUGGCCGACCUGGAGGCGGCGGGCGCGGCGCUGGCCGACGUGCUGUCCGACCCGGCCUCGCGCCAGGACAUCCAGAGCAAGCUGGCCGCCGUCGGCCGCCAGUACGACAACCUGCAGAGGAAGCUGGACCACAGGAAGGCGGAGAUCGAGGCGGCGCUCAAGGACGGGCGCAACCUGGAGGAGAGCGUGGCGCGCACGCUGGGCUGGCUGCAGUCGGAGCUGGGCGCGCUGCCGGGCAAGCUGCAGGUGUCCGCCGACAAGCACAAGCUGCAGCAGCAGCUGGAGCGGCACGAGCCGCUGUACCGCGAGGUCACGCAGCGCGAGCACGAGCUCAUCAUGCUGCUCGACAAAGGUCGUGAGAUGGAAAAGAAGCCCGCUCACCAAGGCUUACGCAAGGACCUGGACCGCGUGCAGGCGCAGUGGGAGAAACUCAAGCGGGAGACCCACGAUCGACACACACGGCUACAGGCCGCUAUGGAGCACUGCCGUAAAUACUCGAAGGCGCAAGAGAACUUCCUCCCCUGGAUCUCGGAGGCUGAGGAGCGCAUCAGCAAGCUGCCGCCCGCCGUGUUCACCAAGCGGGACGUGGAGAAACAGCUGCGAGAGCUGCAGAGCAUCAGGAACGACAUCUGGAAGAGGUCUGGUGAAUACGAGAACAACAAGACGCUGGGCGAGACGUUCAUCUCGGCGUGCGACGUGGACCAGGACAUCGUGCGAGCUCAGCUCGACAGCAUGAAGCAGCGAUGGGACCACCUCAACAACGAGGUCCUCCAGCAAGUGGAGUUCCUGGAGUCGACCGCGCGCAAGCUGGGCGAGUUCCAGGAGCGCGUGCGCGCGGUGGAGACGCCGCUGCAGCGCUGCGAGGAGCGGCUGCAGGACGCGCUGGGCGCGCCGCCCGCGCAGGCCGCCGAGGCCGUCGCGCGCGUCGCCGACACCGUGCAGGCGCUGCGCGCGCCGCUGCAGAGCGUAAACGCGGCAGUGGACGACAUCGUGACGAUGGCGCACGAGAUGGCCGGGCCCGACGCGGCCGGGCGCGCGCGGCAGGUGCUGGACGCCACGGCGGGCGCGCUGGCCGAGCGGCUGGACGAGCUGGACGCGAGGGCUGGAGACGCCCGGGACCGGCUCGCUGGCGCUGCUAGCGCUAUGACGCACUUCCAAGAGAAAGUCAAGAGCCUAUCAGCCGACCUCUCAGACUUAGAGAAGGAGCUGGACACGAUGAAACCGCCCGGGCGCGACAUCAAGACCGUCCGGCAGCAGCUGGAUGACGUCACGCGCUUCUACAAGCGGCUGGAGCGGGCGGACGACGUGGUCGCCGACGUGGCGCGCGCGGCCGAGGGGCUGGUCGACAGCGGGUACGCGGGUGACGCUGCCAAGACUAGAGACCAGGUGGAAGGUCUCCGUAAACAACUGGGCAAGCUGGAUGAGCGCGCCCGCGCCCGCGAGCAGGAUCUCGACGACACGCUCAGCAAGCUCGAGGCAUUCUACAAGGCCUACGAUUCCGUCAUGGACGACGUUCAGGAGGCCUCCGAGCAAGUCCGCAGCCUGAAGCCCGUGUCCUCGGAGGUGGAGCAGAUCCGCGCGCAGCAGAAGGACUUCGCGGAGCUGCGGCGGCGCACGCUGGAGCCGCUCGGGCAGAACGUGGCGCACUGCAACAAGAUCGGCCAGGGGCUCGUGCGGUCCGCGCUCGCCGCCGUCUCCACGCACCAGCUCGAGAAGGACCUCGAGAAGAUGAACGACAAGUGGAACGCGCUCAAGGAGAAGAUGAACGAGCGCGAGCGCCGCCUGGACGUGGGUCUGCUGCAGUCGGGCAAGUUCGCGGAGGCGCUGGCCGGCCUCGACAAGUGGCUGUCCGACACCGAGGACAUGGUGCGCAACCAGAAACCGCCCUCCGCCGACUACAAGGUCGUCAAGGCGCAGCUGCAGGAACAGAAGUUCCUGAAGAAGAUGCUGAUGGACCGUCAGAACAGCAUGUCGUCGCUGUUCGCGAUGGGCAACGAGGUGGCGGCCGGCUGCGACAGCGGCGAGCGCAAGGCCAUCGAGAAGCAGCUCAAGGGGCUCAUGCAGCGGUUCGACGCGCUCACCGACGGCGCGCAGCAGCGCAUGCUCGACCUAGAACAGGCUAUGAAGGUUGCAAAACAAUUCCAAGAGGAACUGCAGCCCCUAGUGGAGUGGCUGACCAGCGCCGAGCGCAAGGUCAAGGCGCUGGAGCUGGUGCCCACCGAUGAGGAGAAGAUCCAACUCAAGAUCAGAGAGCACAAGGCGUUGCACGACGACGUGCUAUCGAAGCAAGGCGCCUUCCAACAACUCACGGAGACGGCGUCGGCGCUGAUGGCGCUCGUCGGCGACGACGAGGCUGCCGCGCUCGCUGACCGCCUGCAAGCUGCCACUGACAGAUACCAAGCCCUGGUGGAGCACAGCCUGAACAUCGGCGAGCUGCUGGACAACUCGCGCAAGGGGCUGCGGCACCUGGUGCUCACGUACCAGGACCUGUCCGCCUGGAUGGACGCCAUGGAGCAGUACCUCGCCAAGAGGAAGGUGCUCCCGGUGCACAUGGAGAAACUGCUGCGGCAGAUGGACGAGCUGGCCGAAAAAACCGAGGAGAUAGCCUCCAAGCAAGAGGCCGUAGACAGCACCGUGGACUCCGGCCUCGAGCUGAUGAAGCACAUCUCCGGCGACGAGGCGCUGCAGCUCAAGGACAAGCUGGACGCGCUGCAGAGGCGGUACAACGACCUCACCAGCAAGGGCGCCGACCUCCUGCGCAUAGCCUCGGAGACGCUGCCACUUGUGCAGCAGUUCUUCAAUACCCACAACAGCUUGACAGAAUGGAUGUCAGGCGCCGAGUCGUGCCUGCAGUCCGUGGAGCCGCGCGAAGAAGACAUCCUUCGCCUCGAAGGCGACUUGCAAGAGUUCCGGCCGCUGCUCGACAACAUCAACCUGAUCGGGCCGCAGCUGUGCCAGAUCUCGCCGGGAGAGGGCGCCACGCACGUGGAGGGCAUCGUCACCAGGGACAACCGCCGCUUCGACGCCAUCGCCGAGCAGGUGCAGCGCAAGGCCGAGAGGCUGCUGCUCAGCAAGAAGCGCUCCCUGGAGGUGGUCGGCGACAUGGAGGAGCUGCUGGAGUGGCUGCGCGCGGUGUUCGCGCAGCUGCGCGACGCGGAGCCGCCCUCCAGCCAGCCGGCGCUGGUGCGCGCGCAGCUCAAGGCGCAGCGCCCGCUCAACGACGACGUGGCCGCGCAGCGAGUGCGAGUGCGCGACCUGCUCUCGCAGGCCAAGAAGGUUCUCCGCGAAUGCCAGUCAUCGGAGGAGACGGCCGUGAUCCGCGACCGCAGCGAGGAGCUGAAGGAGAUGAUGGAGGAGGUGGGGCAGCUCAGCGCCGAGCGCCUCGCCGCGCUCGAGCAGGCCCUGCCUCUCGCCGAGCACUUCGCCGACACGCACCACGGACUGUCAAUGUGGCUGGACGACAUGGAGAAGCAGAUUCAGAUGCUGGCCAUGCCGGCGCUGCGCCCCGAGCAGAUCGCGCAGCAGCAGGACAAGAACGAGAUGCUGCUACAGUCGAUCCUGGGGCACAAGCCGCUGGUGGACAAGCUGGUGAAGACGGGCGAGGCGCUGGCGCGGCUGGUGGGCGAGGAGGACGCGGCGCGGGUGCAGGACGUGGUGGAGGCCGACUGCGAGCGCUACAACGCGCUGCGGGCCGAGCUGCGCACCCGCCAGCAGGCGCUCGAGCAGGCACUGCAAGAGUCAUCGCAGUUCUCGGACAAGCUGGAGGGUAUGCUGCGCGCGUUGGCCGGUACUCAAGACCAGCUGCAACGCGCCGAGCCCGUCUCCGCGCACCCGCCCAAGAUAGAGGACCAAAUCGAGGAGAACAACGCCUUGAUCGAAGACCUGGAGAAGCGCACCGAGGCGUACAACGCGGUGCAGCGCGCCGCCUCCGACGUGAUCAGCAAGGCGAACAAGAGCGACCCCGCCGUGCGGGACAUACGCAACAAGCUCGACAAACUGCACAAACUAUGGGACGACGUACAGAAGGCGACGUCGGACCGCGGGCACUCGCUGGACAGCGCGCUGGAGGUGGCGCGCAAGUUCUGGCAGCAGCUGGACGCGCUGAUGGCCACGCUGGCCGAGCUGGAGGACACGCUCACGGCGCAGCCGCCGCCCGCCGCGCAGCCGCGCGCCAUCCAGGCGCAGCAGGUCGCGCUGCAGGAGAUCCGCCACGAGAUCGACCACACCAAGCCGGAGGUGGAGAAAGUCCGCAAGACGGGCUCGCACCUGAUGUCGCUGUGCGGCGAGCCGGACAAGCCCGAGGUGAAGAAGCACAUGGAGGACCUGGACAGCGCGUGGGACAACGUCACCGCGCUCUACGCGCGCCGCGAGGAGAACCUCAUCGACGCCAUGGAGAAGGCCAUGGAGUUCCACGACACGCUGCAGAACCUACAAGAGUUCCUGGACAAGGCAGAAGACAAGUUCUCCCGCAUGGGGGCGCUCGGGUCUGACAUCGACGCCGUGAAGCGGCAGAUCUCGCAGCUGGCCGCGUUCAAGCAGGAGGUGGACCCGCACAUGGUCAAGGUGGAGGCCCUCAACAGGCAAGCUCAAGAGCUAACGGAGCGCACAUCAUCCGAGCAAGCCAACGCCAUCAAGCAGCCGCUGACGGAGGUGAACACGCGCUGGUCGGCGCUGCUGCGCGGCAUGGUGGAGCGCCAGCAGCAGCUGGAGCGCGCGCUGCUGCGGCUGGGGCAGCUGCAGCACGCGCUGCAGGAGCUGCUCGCCUGGAUCAACCACACCAGCGACACGCUCGACACGCUCAAACCGGUGGCCGGAGACCCUCAGAUCCUGGAAGUGGAGCUGGCCAAGCUGAAGGUGCUGGUGAACGACAUCGCGGCGCACCAGGCCUCCGUCGACACGCUCAACGACGCGGGCGCGCAGAUCGUGCAGCAGGGUACGGGCACGGACGAGGCGAGCGAGACAGCCGAGAAACUGAACACGCUCAACAGGAAAUGGCGCGACCUGCAGAAGAAGGCGCGAGACCGCCAAUCCGAGCUCGAGGACGCGCUCAGGGAAGCGCAGAGCUUCAACGCGGAGAUCGGCGACCUGUUGUCUUGGCUGUCGGAGGUGGACGGAGUCAUCGGCGCCUCCAAGCCCGUCGGCGGGCUGCCCGAGACCGCCUCGGAACAGCUCGAGAGGUUCAUGGAGGUGUAUAACGAGAUCGAAGCCAACCGCCCGAAGGUGGAGGCGGUACUGCAACAGGGCCAGGAGUACCUGCGUCGGCAGGAGAAGCCCAACCCCUCCAGCCAACUGCACCAAAACCUCAAGAACCUCAAGUCGCGGUGGGACAAUAUCACUGCCAGGGCGUCGGACAAGAAGAUCAAGCUGGAGAUCGCGCUGAAGGAGGCGACGGAGUUCCACGACGCGCUGCAGGCCUUCGUCGACUGGCUCACCGGCGCCGAGAAGACCCUCACCUCCGCCAAGCCCGUGUCCAGGGUUAUGGAGACCCUGCUAGUUCAAAUCGAGGAGCACAAAUCGUUCCAAAAGGAAGUGGCGACGCACCGCGAGACCAUGCUGCACCUGGACAAGAAGGGCACGCACCUGAAGUACUUCAGCCAGAAGCAGGACGUGAUCCUGAUCAAGAACCUGCUGGUGUCCGUGCAGCACCGCUGGGAGCGCGUGGUGGCCAAGUGCGCCGAGCGCACCCGGGCGCUCGACCACGGCGUCAAGGAGGCCAAGGAGUUCAGCGACAUGUGGAACAAUCUGAUGAACUGGCUAAACGAUACCGACAAACAGCUAGACGAACUCAACUCAGAGAACACCGUCAACGACCCGGAGAAGAUCAAACAGAGACUGUCGAAGCACCGCGAGUUCCAAAAGGCGCUGGCGGCCAAGCAGCCCGUGUACGACCAGACGCAGAAAGUCGGCAAGACGCUCAAGGACAAGGCGCCGAAGACCGACGAGCCGACACUGCGCACCAUGCUGCAGGACCUCAAGACCAAGUGGACCACCGUCUGCUCGAAGGCCGUCGACCGACAACGCAAGCUGGAAGAGGCGCUGCUGUACUCCGGGCAGUUCAAGGACGCGAUGUCCGCGCUACUGGAGUGGCUGAAGAAACAGCAAACCAAGCUGGCCGCCGACUCGCCCGUGCACGGGGACCUCGACACCGUCAUGGCGCUCAUUGAACAACACAAGCAAUUUGAGGAAGAUUUCCACUCACGGGAACAACAAAUGAAGUCUGUUCUGAAGACCGGCAAAGAUCUGGAAGCCACGGUGCCGCGCGAAGACGCGAGCAGCAUCCGUCAGCAGUGCAGCGAGCUGAAGCAGGCUUGGGACUCCGUCCAAAGCCUCAGCGAGAAGAAAGCGCACCGACUAGAAUCUGCACUCAAGGAGGCUGAGAAACUGCACAAAUCCGUGAACAUGCUCCUCGAAUGGCUGUCCGACGCCGAGACCAAGCUGCGCUUCUCCGGACAACUGCCGGAGGGCGACCAGGAGACCCAACAGCAGAUACGCGACCACGAGCGGUUCAUCCGGGAACUGAAGGAGAAGCAGCGCGACAAGGACGACACCAUCACGCUGGCCCAGUCUAUCUUGAGCAAGGCGCAUCCUGACGCGGUCACGGUCAUCAAACACUGGAUCACCAUCAUACAGAGCCGAUGGGAUGAGGUGUGGCAAUGGGCGAUGCAACGCGGCGGGAAGCUGGAGACGCACAUGCAGAGCCUCAAGGACCUGGAUACCGUGCUGGAAGAGCUGCUGCAGUGGCUCAUGGGGCUCGAGAACACCCUGCUUUCACUGGAAGCGGAACCCCUGCCGGAAUCCAUCGAGCUGCUAGAGGGCCUCAUCGAGGACCACAAGGAGCUCAUGGAGCACACGCAGAAGAGGCAGAACGAGGUCGACCGCGUCUGCAAGGCCUACCAGGUCAAGAGUCAGAGCCAAGGAAGGGAGUCGACACCGCGCAAGGUUUCGGCGAAAUCCGCUGUCAAGGGUGCAUCUGGGCGCGGCUCGCAGCACGACCUGAACAGGGAACGGUCGGUGUCGCCCGACUAUUAUGGCUCUAGGCGGUACAGCAGUCGCGUGAGCCCUGGCCGCGAGACGCCCGACCGCAACCUGCCGCACUACGGGCCGCGGUUCCCGCCGAGGGGCAGCAAGGGCGCCGAGCCGGAGUUCCGGUCGCCGCGCGUGCGCCAGCUGUGGGACAAGUGGCGCACGGUGUGGCUGCUGGCGUGGGAGCGCCAGCGGCGCCUGCACGAGCGCCUCGCGCACCUCAAGGAGCUGCAGCGCGUCUCCAACUUCAGCUGGGACGACUGGAGGAAGAGGUUCCUGAAGUUCAUGAACCACAAGAAGUCCCGUCUGACGGACCUGUUCCGCAAGAUGGACAAGGACAACAACGGUCUCAUCCCGCGCAACGAGUUCAUAGAUGGCAUCAUCAAUACCAAAUUCGACACGUCCCGCCUGGAGAUGGGCGCCGUGGCCGACCUGUUCGACAGGAACGGCAGCGGACUCAUCGACUGGGAGGAGUUCAUCGCGGCGCUGCGGCCCGACUGGGUGGAGCGACGCGGGCCGCCGACGGACGCGGACAAGAUCCACGACGAGGUGAAGCGGCUGGUGAUGCUGUGCACGUGCCGGCAGAAGUUCCGCGUCUUCCAGGUCGGCGAGGGCAAGUACCGGUUCGGCGACUCACAGAAGCUGCGGCUGGUGCGCAUCCUGCGCUCCACCGUGAUGGUGCGCGUGGGCGGCGGCUGGGUGGCGCUCGACGAGUUCCUCGUCAAGAACGACCCGUGCCGAGCUGAGGAGUUUUUGGAGCAGCUGAAGCCUAUAUUUGAGGCAUUAAGGCAGCGAGAAGAGCUUCCAUGUUCAUACCCGCUGCACGUCGGUUCCACGCACGGCACAAAGCAGGCCUUCAUAUACGGCCACUCCAGAUCUCAGGGCUCGACGACGCCGGGCGCGCAUCACUACACGCAUCACCAUGGCUACCAACCCUCUCCAGGAUACCACUGGGUGCGCGAACGUACGGCGCGCUCGGUGCCUAUGUCGGGCGGCGUGCAAGGACGUCCCUCGCGUUCAUCACUUAGCGCAGGAACGCCCGACUCCCUCAGCGAUAACGAAGCGGCCAGUGGACUCGGGGCAAGAUAUAGGAAGCCCAGUGUGCCAAGAUCAACAUUGACUCCUGGAGGUUCACGGCCAGGUUCCAGACCAGGAUCGAGGACAGGUUCCAAGCCUCCUUCGAGACAUGGCUCUAAUCUCUCACUAGAUAGUACAGAUGACGUAUUAACGCCUUCCCGCAUACCGAUGCGCAAAGUGACAAACACGCGUACAUCAACGGCGCGCGCGGCAGCCAAUGCCGCCAAGCUCGGCGUGGCCACGCCCAACGGCGGCUCGCGGCCCCGUACUCCCACCGGCCUUCUCACGCCAGCUAGUGGAAGGUACCCUAGCGGAGCGAUGUACCGCACGUCCAGUAUACCAACACUGUCGCCGGUCCCGGCGCUCGUGAGCUCAACACAUUCCCAACCAUCCUCAAUGGUUUGCGAACUUCGCAAAUCUGCGUCUCACACUCAUCCCGCAUUCCAUACCCAGGGCUCUACAAAAAUCCCAGUGUACGUGGGCACUCGAUCCCAAAGAUCCCCGUCAGUCGAGAAACGACUAAAAAUAUCUCGAAAAUCCCAAUCCCGAGAAAUGUCCCAGGAACCUAGUCCUACCUCUCAAGACCCUUCGAGGAAAUCCGAGCAGAGAAGUCCGGAGGAUGACUCCUCGUUAUUCAGCAUAUCGGGAAUGACGAGCGACAAUGAAUAUGAGAGUAACAUAAGCGAGUCGAGUGGCGACGCAUCAAAGCCGACCCAGCGAGACAUCAAAGGGAGCGGGUCGUUUGCCUCGACCGAUGGCCACACUCCCGGCCGCAGCCGUAUACCAGUGCUUAAGGAUCACCAUACUAACAGUAAUUCCAAUAGGCAAAGGACACCAUCCGGUAGCACGACGCCAGUGCGGCCGGGGCAGCAGACAGCGGUAUCGCGGUUGUUGCGAAAGCCGUCGGACGCGUCCGACAGCGGAGCGCCUGCCACGCCGGGCUCUCGCCGCGGCACGCCCGCAUCUUCGAGAACGAUCGAAAAGCGCGAGCCUUUCAGGCUCUAGAUGAUUUAAGGACGAUAUAAAAAAUAAUACCGCUCUAAUUACACUGCUAAAGAAAAAAUGUCUUUCAAAGAUAUUUUUUCCUAAUAGUGAAGUUUGCGGAUAAUAGUUACCUGUGUGAUGAGAGUCGCUUUGACUUGUGAUAUUACGUAUUCACGAUUUUUCUUUCUUUGCUUAAUUGUAUUUGAUGUCUAGGCCAAAUAUAUGUAAAUUUAUUCCAUCUAAAAAUCUAUUUGAGUCGUUGCGACUGUCAUGAGCAUAGAGAAUGUUAUAAUUAAUACUAACCGAGAAUUAACCGAUUCGCGAAUUAAGCAAAGCUUAAUUUUAUAAAAGAACGAAUUUGCGAAUGUGGCUUUUUAGUUAAGUAAAAGUUAAUAGAUGGUAGUAGUAAAACGUAAAGUCUGCACUUGUUGCCUUGUAUACUUAUUUUUUUCUACAAUCUGUGCAGUUUUGUGCACACUGGAUUACUUUAUUUAUUUUGUGUUGUCAGUAUUCUCCAGUUAACUCUUGCUGUGUCUAAGCAAGAUAUUAUUUCUGUAUCAAUGUGAAUAUUCCCCCUUUCUCUUAUUUAUUAUCAACGUUGCCAUAUGUUAGUGUAUGUAAAAUACGUAUUACGGUUUCUCUAUUGAGACUGGCUGGACGGAAAAGUGUGAUUUUGUAACUUUUUUGUAAUAUUGUUUUUCUUUUAGGGACCAUUUUGUAAACGAAGUAUUGAGUAGGUAAUGGCGGGCCAGCGUUUGUAUUGGUCGAAUUCACGCGCGUCGUAUACGCCAGACUUCGUGUGUUGAUAGCCCAAUAACAAAUUUUGGCCAGUCAUUUGUUAAGGUGAUAAAUAGUCGUGGAGUGAUUAAUUUUGUAUGCACAAUCAUGUCUUCAUUAUUUCACUUUUAAUUCUUUUGUGUUCAGUUUUAUAGGUAUGAAUGAUUUCAUGGUUAUCAUUUGAUAUCGUAUGUACACUUUAUGUACAUGUUAUUAUGUUUAUACGGUGAUAUUGCACAAUUACUUGUUAUAACGGGAAUAAAGUGUUACUUGGUUAACAAAAAGCAUGAAGUGCACACUGCUAUCGCCAAAGUGGUGUGCCUUUUAUGUGUAAAAUAUCUGCUCAUGAAAAUAAUUCCAAAACGGACUUUUAUGUUUAAGAGAUUUAACUAAAGUACACGUUGUCUCAAAAGACAUUACUUCUAAAUGUUAAGAAUAACUGUAAUAUAUGAAACGUAAUGCUUUAACAUGUAACCUUCCUUCAUUUUAUAAAAAAAAUGUUAACCAACACUCACACUUUUAUUUGUUAAUUUUUAUCUUAAAUCUGACUCUACAAUUAAGUCUUUAUUAUUAGAGUUAUUAAACUAUUAAUCUGGUCAUUUUUAUUUAAAUCAUUGUUAUAUUUGUUAAAUGUAAAAUCGAAGCAACUAAAAAGCUUGCAAUAUUUUUUGUAUAAAAAUAAAUAAUGAUUCUGAAGAGCUACAGUGUUUAAAAUCUCAUUUUUGAUUUCAAAAUAUAAAAUAAUAACAAAUAA